AUGAGUUUAGCGUGCGCAUACUCCUCCGCUUUUAGAAGACUCCUUUCGGCGUCCGCGAGACCGUCCACAUCCUCUCGCAUUCGGCGGCGACCUUUUUCUGUAUCCUCGUCGUCUGAAUCAUCAAAAGUCAACCACGAAGGUGCGGUGAAAGUCUCGCACAUCCUCGUCGACGCCACCGAACCCGGGAAAGCGUUGCUUUCGGAAUUCCAAACUUUACUCGACGGAGAAGCGGAGACGUUCGAAGGUUUAGCGACGAUGCACUCGAAAUGCCCGUCCUCUUCGAGAGGUGGGAAUUUGGGGUACAUCACGAGAGGACAAACGGUUGCGGAAUUCGAACGCGUGGCGUUUUCGACGCCGAUAAACGAGGUGGCGUUUGCCACCACUCCGUUUGGGCAUCACUUGAUUAAGGUACUGGACGCGAAAGAAUCCGGCCAGGCGGUGCCGCAAAUGCAAUCGAUUCGAGUGGACAAGGUGAAGCAGUACGUCGACAGUGAGAGUUUCUCGGAGGUUAAUCUCAUCGAUUGCAGAGAGGAGCACGAGUUUGCAAUUGCCAAAGUGGACGGGUUCAAACUGUAUCCGCUAUCGCGAGCGGAGAAGUGGCAGAUGACGAUUGAAAUGGACGUCGAUCCGGAAAAGAAGACGAUUGUUAUGUGUCACGGGGGGAUUCGUUCGGCGAAAGUGUGUCAAAUGUUGCUUUCGCUUGGCUUUGAGGACGUUCAUAACGUCGUCGGUGGGAUCGACGCGUACAGUUCGAUUGAUAAGUCGGUGCCGAGAUAUUAA